AUCCCUUAUCUUUAAGUGCAUAUUUAAAGAUCACAGCUAACGAGAGCUGCAAGACUUUGAUACUACUCUAUAAUUUUCAUCAAGAUGACAAGAAAAAGAACACUUGAAGCUAUUCUCUUGCUCUCAUUUUUCUUUCUUUUUUCUAUUCCUUGCUUUUCUUUGCCUUUAUCAACAAAUGGGAGAUGGAUAGUUGAUGCAAAAACAGGGCAGCGUGUGAAGCUAGCUUGUGCAAAUUGGCCUUCCCACUUGGAGACCAUGUUAGCCGAGGGUCUUCAAGAGCAGCCCUUAAAACGCCUAGUGUCUCAGCUAGUUAAACACAGGUUCAAUUGUGUUCGUUUCACUUGGGCAACCUUCAUGUUCACUCGAUUCGCUAAUCUCAGUGUGUCAGAAUCUUUUGAUUCUUUAAACUUAACAGAAGCCAAAGCAGGAAUAGCUGAGCGUAAUCCUUCCCUAUUGAGCAAGACCCUCGUUCAAGCUUUUGCAACUGUCAUUGAUGAGCUUGGGGCGCAAGGUGUAAUGGCGGUUCUUGAUUGCCAGGUUAGCAAGCCAACGUGGUGCUGUGGAGAAACUGAUGGAAAUGCCUUCUUUGGUGACACUUAUUUUGAUGUUAGAGAAUGGCUACAAGGUUUAACCAUAGUAGCUGAGCAUUUUAGGGGUAAACCCCAGGUCAUAGCAAUAAGCACAAGAAAUGAACUACGUGGUCCUUUGUCAAAUACGGAUGACUGGUAUAAGUACAUUUUUGAAGGGGCAUCAGCAAUUCACAAGGCAAAUCCAGAUGUAUUAAUAUUUACUUCAGGACUCAGUUAUGCUAAUGACCUCACUUUCUUGAGGGAAAAGCCCUUGGGGUCUAACUUUGAUAAUAAGUUGGUCUAUGAGGCACAUUGGUAUCCUUGGAGCUGGGACGACCGCAAAACUUGGGAUGUGGAAUUAUUGAAUGAAGCUUGUUAUAGAAAAACCCAACACUUUAUCAACCAAACUGGUUUCACCAAUACUUUAGAUCUAGACAAUCCAGUGCCUCUCUUUGUGGGUGAAUUUGGCUUAGAUCAGAGAGGUCUUAGCCGGGCUGAUGACCAUUUUCUUAGCUGCUUUUUGGCCUAUGCUUCUGAAAUUGACUUGGACUGGGGGUUGUGGGGAUUUCAAGGAAGCUAUUAUUUCCGGGAAAAUAAAACUGGCAUGGAGGAAACAUUUGGGGUUAUGAAUUAUCUAUGGAACCGUGUCAGAAGUCCACAAUUCCAGAACAGAUUACAGCUUAUCAAGAAUAAGCUUCAAGACCCAACUUCAAAAUCCUCUACAUCCUACAUAAUUUUUCAUCCACAAAGUGGCAGCUGUGUCGAUCCAGAUGGUAGACACGAUAUAUAUGCAGGCAACUGCAAGAAACCGAAACGAUGGCUUUAUGCUGGUAAUGGGGCUCCAAUCAGGCUGAAGGGUACUAGCCUAUGCCUUGAAGCUGUUGGUGAUGGGGCUGCACCAGUCCUUUCUAAGAACUGCUCAAGCCAGCAAAGUUCUUGGAAAUUGCUUUCACAGACUAAGCUUCACGUGGCUACCUUAGAUGAGACAGGUGAAUAUCUCUGCUUGCAGAAGGAAUCCCCUUACACCUCCAAGAUUGUAACUAGCAAGUGUGCCUUCACCCUUCCAAAUCCUCAGUGCCUUACAGAUUCACAGAUAGACCCAACAACUCAAUGGUUUAAGCUUGUUUCUUCAAAUGUACUGUAGUUGGAGGAUUAGGAUCAGAAUCAGGAAGCAGUAGUUGAUUUCAGUCCCUUUUUUUUUUUUUUUUUUGCAACUCAUGGGCGUUACGUAAGGGAAAAUUUAUAAAUG